UUCCAUAGAGAAGGGAUGGCUCACACGACUCUCUUCCCUCUCCAAUAUCAUGUAUUAAUUUUUUCCUUCUGAAGUUCCCUGAGUCAAGGAAGACAUGAGAUUGGAGACUCAGCACCAUGACAACUUCACCCUCUAGCAGUGACUACAGUAGCACAGAGGACUCUGCUUCUGAAUGCCAAUCUUACCAGAGCCUGUCGAUUGGCCACUACCCCCCUGAGAACACGUUUUCCUAUGAGGAGAUGUUCUCCUGUGAGGAGGCAGCCUCCAUGGAUUCUUCCAUCCACUUCCUCCCUCCUAUCCAAGGUACCUGGGGGACAGAGAGUGUAAGGAGACUCUUCUGGAAACGAGAUCAGAUGGAGGGUGGCCCAAAGCAGUUCUGCAAGCUAAGCAUCAUGCUGGCCUGGGAUACUGAUGUGGGGCCUGACCAUGCAGACUCUCUAGCUAAUCUGGAUUUAAAUGGCCACCACCAGUGGAUGGAUAAGUGGCCAGAAGAUAGGACAAAACUGACUCUCUGCAAACUGGAUAACCUAGUACAGAAACUCGAGACAUUUCUAGAAAAAGAAAAAGGUAGCCAACAUGAUGGUCAUGCACUCCCUGAACCUACUCAGAACAAAGACGUCCACCUGACCAGUACUCCCCCUCCACUCCUUGACAUUUGUCAAGACUUGCCCAAGCAUAAAACACCAGAAAAUGAAGAUAUCUGUCAGAUCCUAGAGAAUCCUCCAAAGCUACAGAAAGAUGAAGUUGUGGAGAUAAGCCAGAUAGCUCAAAGCUCCUUGGAGACCUCCCCGGUGCCAUCCGCUCAGCAGGAGGAUGCUUCUCACUCAUAUAGUGUAUUCUGUCUGAACUUUCGGUGGAUCUUCCACUGGCUGAGGACACAAGUCUUCUCCCGAUUAAGGAGAGAACACCCUAGCCAGGCCACCACCAGCUGGCACCAGAAGGCAGCAAGUAAGAUACAUUCUCUUAGAGGCAACAGAAUCCAACCCCAAGAAUGACUCAAGAAUGAGUUCACCUGACAUCCCCAGAUUUUUAAACUUUUUGAAGUCCCUUGUUUGACAAUCCCUAAGAGGUGGUGUGUGUUGUUCUCUCCUCUGCCUCACAAAUGAGGACAUCAAGACUAGGAGCACAUAGGUGGAGUUUCCAAUCUUCACAUUCCUUCUGAACCAGCCACUUACAAGCAGCAUGCUGGGGCACCUGAGAACAAGUGUGCCUGAAGCAGUCUGGUACCACGGAUCAUCAGAACUGCUGUCUCCAUGUUGGAACCAUGAUCACGAGUGGUAGCUCCAAACCUGCUCAAUACCUGCUGGAAGCACAGCCCAAACCAUCCUGCCAUGGUGGGAGGCUAGUGGGAUAUAUACUGCCUUCUGGAAAUGAGGGUAUAAGUUAAUGAAGAAUGAGUAAAACACACAUAAAAUAGACAAAAUGGAGCAAAAUACAGCAAAAAGAAGCGGGGAGGGAUACUAUUUAGGAAGCAAAUACUACCUAAGUUUUCUAAGAAUGAAUUCAGCCUUCUGAAUUCAACAAGUAUAUUUUCAGCUCAAGUCAAAGUAAUUUGCUGGGAUAAGACACAGAUAACAGAGAUCUGUGAUUAUUGAGGGGAAAAAACAAAACAAAACAAACAACCGGGGAUUACUGGGCAGGAACUACCAU